CGCUCCGACUAUAUACAGAUUCUGCUCUCAGGGUAACUACAAAUGAUUGCUGGCUCUCGCGGAGGGUGGAUCGUCGCGUCCAAUGUUUCUCCACAGAGCUGACUUGAACCUUUCUUCUCGAACAAACCGAAUCCAACGGACACACCUGAGAGUUGGUUUCCCGCUGCCUCAGAGGAGCCGGGGGCGGACAGGGGGAACGCAAUAAUGAUCAACACCAUGGAAUGCGCAGUGGACGCGCAAAGCCUCAUCUCCAUUUCGCUAAUGAAGAUCCACAACUCCAGGACGCAGAGAGGGGGGAUCAAGCUGCACAAAAACCUGCUGGUCUCCUAUGUGCUGAGGAACGCCCGGCAGGUCUACAUCAAGGAGAAAUACGCGGAGAUCUACAGGAUGCAGCAGUACGAGGAGGUGAUGACGGUCUGCAACGAGAUCCAGCAGCUCGACCCGCUCGACCUGGACGCGGAGGACGCCGCCGACGACGAGCAGGCGCGCAGCUGCUGCGGCGGCGGCGGCGGCGGCGACGGGCUGAGCGCGUCGGACCCCGCGUGCCACGGAGGCGCGGAGCCGCCGCCGGCGCACGAGCGCGCGGUCGGCUCGCUCCUCGGCAAGGAGCCGGAGGCGUCCGAGUACCGGAGCUGCUGCAUGGAGGUGUCCCCGGUGUCGCACUGCAACAAGACCACGGUGCUGGACCUGGACACGCACGUAGUGACCACGGUGGAGAACGGCUACCUGCACCAGGACUGCUGCUGCCACGCGCCCCAGUGCGGCCAGGGCGCGCAGUCCGCGGCCAAGAAGCGGAAGGUCGAGUUCGGUGGCGGCGCGUCCGACGUGGAGGAAGUGUCGGAUUUUACGGCGGCGCGCAAACGGGCGAAGCGCGAGGACUGCUCGUACAGCAGCGCGGACUACACGGACACGUCCAACAUCUCCAACCUGAUCUCCAUCUUCGGCUCGGGCUUUUCGGGACUGCUGAGCAGACCGGCGGACUUGGAGCAGAUCUGCAGCAAACAGGCCCUGGCCAGUCUUGGCGCGUGGACGCGGGCGAUUGUGGCGUUUUGAAUCAAACUCUGAUGCGUUUCACGGGAGGCCGGGUUCAGCUGUAACGGAACCCAACGGAGAACAAUGUUCCACUGCCAGUUCACGUCCAGCUCCAUAAUUACCUGUAGGGACAUGAUAAUAAUGGCGACACAAAGACAGACUGACAUAAAGUUGUGGUAACACAAUAAAUGGACCUUUAAACUGGACACUUCUCGACUUUAGGAACCAGACUGAGCCAAAUAAGGUUCACCGAUGCGCAGCUGACCCCAGACCAGCUAAAGUCACAGAUGUGACGUCAACUCACCUGUGUAGUCUUAACAGCAGCAGUGUUGUUCCUCAAAGCACAUUUCUGUCCUACAAACACUACCAUACGUGAGCGACAUCACUCCCACUCACCGACGUAGCCGUUCCAGCUGAGCCGGGUCUCCUGUCACAUCUAAAUCCACUUUAUUUUUGCAAGAAAAGAAAAGCUAUUUAAAUUUUUUUAGCAAAUUUUUAAAGACAUUUUGGGAGGAAGGGGAGCGAGCGCGUGACAUAUGCAUUGUGUGCAGGGUCUCCUGUUUUCAUUACGUCUUACACGUGUGUAACGAAAACACUUCAACAUGGUGGAAUGGGUUGAUUUCUGUUGCCUUAACUCCAGUGCACCCGACCGCUCGCUACCGUCACAACUGAUCCUUGGAAGUGACUGAAUGUCUUUGCCUUUUGGUUUCAUUGUGGUCACAUGAGCAUGUGUGAAGUUCGCGGGCUCCGAACCAGCUCCAUGGAGUCUCUUACUGUUGUUAACACUAUCUUUGCUGUCUGGCUUAUUGUCUGACAUCCUCUCUUCCCAAGUUGCUGAAUGCCUUCACAGAAAUCCAUAAUUCCAACAUGUCUCUGUUGCUUUGUGAGUGAUCUUAGUCCUUUUGUUUUAAAAAGGCGCCCCCGUGACUUAGCCAUAACCCGAGGAUCCAUGCGUUAGCUUUAUGAGCACUAUGUGUACCAAAACCAAGAGAGUAUUCAGCCAUUCUCUACAUACGCUGUUGUAAUUCUUGUAUUUUUGUGCUUGAUGAAUUGCAGCUCACCGGGUAAAACUGUUCCAGAAGAUAUUUGUUAAAAAUGUAUAAUCUUAAUAAAAAACAAAAACCUUCA